AUGUCCACCCAGGAAAUCACUACGACUAACAGUAACAUUAUUGCUAGUCAUGAGAGCAUCAUUUUUCACCCUAGCCUCAAGGGUAGAAGCAAACCUGUUGUUGGGAAACAGCUUCGGGCACCGAGAGACCCCCCAGUUUCUCUGGAGAAAAAGAUCAACUUCUACAUAUGGGUUCUGACCAUCAUGCUUAUCCAAGCUUGGCGGGAUCUCAAGACUAGGCGCUGGUUCAAGCCACUCCAGCGAGAUGAUGUCGCCGGUCACUAUUUUUACGUCCCAAUAGGCCGCCUGAAUCCACGUAUCCUACUCAGUGCUCCACACGACCGCGUUCUGAUCAGAACGAUUCCUUCAUCCAUGACGCGCGAUUACGAGGAACUUGAUGAUUUCUCAGCAUGUCCUCAACGCGAAAUCGUGAACGCGGGCUCCAACAACUACGGAGGAUUCUCUCGCGCCGAGCAUAACAGCGCCUCUCUCAUUGAAACGACUCUUAGAUUGCUUCCCUUUAAUCCACCCCCCAUUGAACUCGCCUCUCGUGUUAAUGAGGAACUGGCCACAUACUUGGGAUCAAAGGCUUGCUCGACCACUACAUCAGGAUUCAGUGCCAAUCUGUUGGCAUUCACGACGGCAGCACAGACGGCGGAGAAGUUGGGCCGUCAUUGCGUAUUUCUGUUGGAUGCUGAAUCGCAUGCCUCCAUGUUUACGGGCGCAUUUGUCAACAAGCGAGCGACAACUCAUAGAUUCAAGCACAAUGAUAUCACGGAUCUAGAGUUCAAGCUGCGUAUCUUGAAAGCAAAGGAGCCAGAUGCACACGUCUGCGUGGCUAUCGAGGGUAUUUACAGGCAAGUGGAUUCGACUGUACCUAUUGAUGAAUAA